UUGCUCGUGGAGACCCGCCUCUCUGCCCGUCAACCGGCGGCUCUUCCUGCGCUGCCAUUGGCCUUUCAUACCAGUGACACGGCUGCUAUUCUCGAGCUCGCUCUAAUCACAUCUGUUCUGUAUAUCCGUUCACAACGGACAGUGUUCAUUUCUUUCUUUGACAUCCGUAGACGUCUUUUUGCGUUGGAUUUAGACUGCGCUUUAUUGGUUGACCGACGAUUGCGCUCGAAUUCAAUCAAGAGACAUUGUGCACGCGGAGGUGUGGCCACAGAAGACACAGCGCGCGCAUAAUAUUCUUCGCUCUUCUGUAUAAGUGCAUCUUGGGAACAUGAGUGAUUCAGAGAAACAAACCGUCUCCCUUAAAAACAAGGAUGGAGUGGAGAAAAGGGGUCGAGGGAGACCAAGAAAACAUCCAAAGGAAUCAAGUGGAUCGCCAACUCCAAAAAAACCAAGAGGACGACCAAAGGGUAGCAGAAAUAAAGGACCUUCCAAGAGAAAAGCAUCGGCUGGAGGAAAACCGAAGGGAAGGCCUAAGAAAGAGGAGAAGGAAAAACAGGCACCUCAGGACUCGUCUGAGGACGCUGAAGAAGAUGACGAGGAAGAACAGUAAUAGUAUCUUACCGGAGCACUACCUCACACAACCAAACAAACUGCCCGUCUGCUCUCCGACCUGUGAAUCGCAGGGAAUGUCAUUUCUCAAAAGGACAGUAAUAACUGUAUAGGAAAAUAUAUUCUGAAUAAAUACAUAAUGCAUUUUUUGUAAGUAGGUCAAAUAUAGAAACCAGAAUCAACCUACAUGAGAAAAUGUUGAGUGUUUCUAGUUUUUAUUUAACUACAUAUAUAUAUAUAUCUGUUAAACUGAGGUGCUUUACUACGUUUUGUUUGUAGAUUUGUUUUGUAUUUUGUCCAUGUUGUUGACUAGCUAUAAUUUAAAUGUGAAACUUGAUGGGCUCAAUAGAUCUCAUAGAAACAGUAUUUUUUGAAUGUAGCUGUUUACAGUUUACUAGUUCAAUUAGCUUUUUAUUAGAUGUUCCAUCUUACUAUUCAACCAUCAGUGAAUAUUUCUUAAAGCAGGUUCUUGUAUUUUGUAGUCAUAUAUACGUUACCCAGGCCUGGUGUUGAGGGAAUCAAUAUAUUUAACUUAAAAUACCAUUGUAAUUACCACUUGAAACCCCAGGAAUCAGCAUCACAAAGACACUACAGAAGUUAAUGGAUAUGUUGGUAAAUUUGGAAGAAUUGACACAUUUUUAAGGCAUUCUGCCAGGUGUUGAUGGUACAAAUCGCAGUGAAACUGAACUAUAAAUGUACUUUUUGGUGUUUUGAAAUGAGACAUUCCAAAUAAUUCAUGUUUGGGAACGAUAUCCUAUCAUUAUAUUUACUGUACCCAAAUAUAACAUUUCUGCCCCAAUCCUUUUUUUAAAUGGUUUAUUUUCCAAUUGAAGCAGAAAUACCUCAUCAACCUAAAUAAUAAGCUAAAAAGCAUUGCUUACAGUAUAAUUCCACAAGGUACUCUUUGCAACAUGUAUCAACUCAAGGUUAUCAACACACACAAGUGCUUUUGGGAUACUUUAAACCACUUGCCUGUGUUUAUUUAAAUCACAACAAUUAGAAGCUGAAAGAUGUUCUCAAAUGUGUCUUGAGUUAUAAGACUAUUACAUAUGAAGAAUUGCAACCUAAAGCUUAGCCAAGUUGUCCUUAAAACACUUUAAAAUGAUCUGUUGUGCAUUCAAAUCCUCAUAACUUCAGAAUUAUAUUCGCCUCAGGUAUUAUGGUGUCGUGAUCAGACAGCAAAAGUCCAAGACCAUGUUCAUUUGCUCAAUAGUAUAAAUACCCUUUAUCCUGCAGUGAUUGUUCGUGAAUAGCAGUAGAAUAGCCUACAUGUAGGCAUAGUGUAAGUGGGAUUUGGUUAAUACAACAUUAGAGUUUCUUAAUGUGUAUUAGAUUUAUUGACUAUUUAUUUGUAUGUGUAAUGUGUGUUGAU